CCCGGCUCCGCUGAACCGAGGGCGCCCCCUGGCGGCCGCUCGCAGCCCGGCUCCCCGGGAGAGACGCCGCUCGGCCGGCCAUGAAGUCGGCCUUUGUCACCGUGGGGACCACCAGCUUCGAGGAGCUGAUCGCCGCCGUGACGGCCCCGGAGACGCUCCAGGUCUUGCGGAGCCGCGGCUACGGCAGACUCGUCCUGCAGGUCGGCGGCGGGGCGGCGGCCCCGGCCCCGUUCCGCACGGCGGCGUUUACACUGGACGCGUUCCGGUUCAAGGAGUCGCUGGCUGAGGACCUGGAGGCGGCGGAUCUGGUGAUCAGCCACGCGGGUGCAGGCACUUGUUUGGAGACACUGGAAAAAGGAAAACCACUCUUGGUGGUUGUAAAUGAAAAGCUGAUGAACAAUCAUCAGCUAGAAUUAGCCAGGCAACUAUACAGAGAUGGACACCUCUUCUACUGCACUUGUAGCACCCUUUUGGAGUCAUUGAAGUCAAUCGAUUUGUCAACACUGAAACCCUUUCCUCCUGGACAGCCAGAAGAGUUUGCUGCAUUCUUGGAUAGAGUUAUUGGAUUUGAAUAACUAAUCCAGAAAAAUGAAAAUGUUAGUAUGUGGUCAAAUUCUUCUAAUGUCACUUCCUUAAUAGGAAAAUCCACUUAUUGGGACCAACACUUUUUGUAUCAACUGAACAUAAAUAUGCCUGUUCAAUUUCAACUGACAUUAAAUAUUUUUCCAUUUAAUCCCAAUUUAAAAUCUACUGGCUUCAUGCUUCAAUUAACACAGUGUCAGUAGAGAUAUAGGGUUAUUUUUUGUUUGACAACUAUAUCUAAAGGACUUAUGUAGCAAGAGCCAAGGAGAGCCAGAAACUAAAGACCCACAACUUGACUCUUGCAGACAAGUCCAGCUGAUAAAGCAUAUGGCAAAUCCAGCUAACAGACAAAAAGAUAGGUUUCAGAGUAGCAGCCGUGUCCUUGCAGUUUUCAGUCUCAACUGUGUGUAAGAUCUUAAAGAAAA